AUGGAUCCUGACUCCGAUCAAGGCCAUGAACAGCAAGCGAAGCCAGACUCGACUUCUGCCUGCUCAGCGUUGGACACAGCUUCGUCCUCCCCCUCGACCUCAGCCACACAAACUCCUCAAAGCAGCCCAGAACAACAUGCAGUCAAACCAGUCGUUGUCAAGAUCUCACCCGACUGCCCCAAAAUUGUACUCCCGCACCUGCCUCGUCGCAAGGGACGCUCGUGGCUCUUCCGAUUCGAGGAAGGUGUGUUGAUGAAGCAGAGCUACGACACUCGAACCAGCGAGUGCGCUGCGAUGCAGUACGUCCACCAACACGCACCAAGUGUCCCAGUGCCUGAGGUGUACGAGUCCGACUUCGAUGACCCACGCGUGGGACGAAUCUUCAUGGAGGAGAUACCCGGCGACACCCUCGAGAAAGUGUGGCCCAGUCUCGACCCCUUCCAGAAGGAACUGGCCUGUCGAGACCUCUGGGACAUCAUCAUGGCCCUGCGUCAAAUCCCAAGACCCGCCCACAUCCCACCCGAGAGAUGCCUCUACACCACCGUCGACGGGUCGCCCCUGUACCCUCAAGGCGGCCUGACCGGCAACGAGGUAGCUCCUCUCCGGGAGGACCAGUACAACACCGACGACGCCUUCCGAAACUUUAUAAUACAGCGAUACCGCGAGAACCACGGCCCAAGCGACGAGGUCAGGAACAACUUCCCCCGCUCCGAGACGGCCGUCUUCACCCACGGCGACAUCAAGCCUAGGAACAUCAUGGCUUCGGCCGACGGCCGCAUCACCAGCCUGCUCGACUUCGAGUAUGCCGGGUUCAUGCCCGAGUACUGGGAGGACCUCGGGAUGUUCAUGGAGAUCUGGGAGUGGGAGCAGGACUGGGCUGACACGAUGAUGCGGACGAAACCGAGCAGCUGGGACUUUGAGGCUCCUCGUGCCCUGUGCAGGGUGGCCAAGAGGGUUCUGCACUUUUGA